UCCGCUGCUCCCGUGAGCACCACUCUCACAACUCACAAGUCACACCUUCCACUGCGAGGAGGCAGAAGCAAAACCCCGAGCGAUAAGCUGCCUCCGGGCGGCAAGAUGAUAUCGUUGCAUGACCUGUACACGGUCCUCGCGGCGGUGGUUCCGCUCUACGUGGCGAUGAUCCUGGCGUACGGCUCGGUGAGGUGGUGGGGCAUCUUCACGCCCGACCAGUGCUCCGGCAUCAACCGCUUCGUCGCCAUCUUCGCCGUGCCGCUGCUCUCCUUCCACUUCAUCUCCACCAACGACCCCUACGAGAUGAACCUCCGCUUCCUGGCCGCGGACACGCUGCAGAAGCUCCUCGUCCUGGCCCUGCUCGCCGCGUGCUCCCGUCUGAUCCCCUCGCGGCUGGACUGGUCCAUCACGCUCUUCUCGCUGUCGACGCUGCCCAACACGCUCGUCAUGGGGAUCCCUCUGCUCGUAGCCAUGUACGGCCCCUACGCUGGCUCGCUCAUGGUCCAGAUUGUCGUGCUCCAGUGCAUCAUCUGGUACACGCUGCUGCUCUUCCUCUUCGAGUUCCGCGCCGCUCGCAUGCUAAUCGCUGAUCAGUUCCCCGACACCGCGGCGUCCAUCGUGUCGCUGCAUGUAGACCCCGACGUGGUGUCGCUGGAGGGCGGCCGCGCGGAGACGGAGUCCGAGGUGGCGGCCGACGGGCGGCUGCAUGUCACCGUGCGCCGGUCCUCGGUGUCGAGGCGGUCGACGCUGCUGGUGACGCCGCGGCCGUCAAAUCUGACGGGCGCGGAGAUCUACUCCUUGAGCUCGUCGCAGAACCCCACCCCGCGGGGCUCCAACUUCAACCAGGCGGACUUCUUCGCCGUCGUCGGUGGUGCGCCGCCCGCCAGGGUGGGCGACUCGAGCUUCGGCGCCUCCGAGCACUACUCGGUGCAGUCGUCGCAGAGGCCGACGCCGAGGGAGUCCAACUUGGAGGAGCACUCGGCAGGGCCAAAGCAAGCCAUGACAGACGCCGGAGCGCAGCACAACCAUGACGCCAAGGAGCUCCACAUGUUCGUGUGGAGCUCCAGCGCCUCUCCCGUCUCAGAAGUAGUAAGCGGCUUGCCGGUGUUCAGCGGCGGUACAGACGCAGCGCAUCUCGAUGCCGCCGCCAAGGAAAUCCGCAUGGUUGUCCCCGCGGACCCGCCGCAGAAUGGCUCAUGCAAAGAUAACGGGGGCUACACCGCGGCAGCGAGGGGAGGCGGAAAGGCAGUGGAGGACGACGGCGACGCGGUGCAGGCCGGGCCGGACAGGCCGACGGCGAAGCUGAACUCCAGCCCCGGCGAUGAGGACGGAGCGGAAACCGGGAAGCACCAAAUGCCGCCGGCGAGCGUGAUGACACGGCUCAUACUAAUCAUGGUGUGGCGCAAGCUCAUCCGCAACCCCAACACCUACUCCAGCCUAAUCGGCCUCACCUGGUCCCUCAUCGCCUUCCGGUGGCACGUCUCCAUGCCAACGAUGGUCGAGAAGUCCAUCUCCAUCCUCUCGGACGCUGGGCUGGGGAUGGCCAUGUUUAGCCUGGGACUGUUCAUGGCGCUGCAGCCGAGCAUCAUCGCCUGCGGCAACUCCGCCGCCGUCGCCUCCAUGGCCGUCCGCUUCCUCGCGGGCCCUGCCAUCACUGCUGCCGCGUCAGCCGCCGUCGGUCUCCGUGGGACGCUCCUCAAGGUCGCCAUUGUUCAGGCGGCUCUACCACAAGGGAUCGUACCUUUUGUUUUCGCCAAGGAAUACAACGUCCAUCCUGCGAUCCUGAGCACUGCGGAGCAAUGGAAAAAGUGACAAAUGUGGUGAUCCCGGGAUCAAGGAGAUAAGAAAAGAAAUAAGGGAAAAAGAGGGGGUGCCAACUGCACCAUAUCCGAAGCUACAAUCUCAUGGUGGAUCCCCGAAGGGCCUCUGGAGGAAUUUGACACCACUCUCUUGCCACAGGCUAAGAUCUCUCCUAAUCUCAUCCAACACGUCUUGCACCCUUGCCUCGGUUCUCCUGAAAACGCAGUGGUUGCGUUGUUGCCAGAUUUUCCACAGUGCAAGCAUCACCAAAGCUUUUGUUCCUUUCAUGAAUGCUGGCUGUGUCACGGAGAUCAUGGUAGCCACCUUCUCUGGAGAGCUCUUGUCGUUGAUUUUGCAAGCAUGGUUCAGACCCUGACAGUGCUCCCACGAGGAUAGUUCAGCGCAGAUCAUCCUCGUGAAGGUGCAAUCCCAGAAUAAGUGCGCAGAGCUCUCAAGGUUUCUAAGGCAGAGCUGGCAGAAGUAGUCGUUUGUCCAGCCUCUCCGCUGAAGACGGUCGUUGCACCACAGCCUGUUCUGGUGGAGGAGCCAAGCAAAAAUCUUGAGCUUCGCCGGAGCCCAAGUACCCCAGAUCAGGUCCUGGUACAUGUAUGUCGUCGAUCCC